UUUUUAAGAAAGGAAUUAACAUAGUUUUGAAACUUUCCUUCCUCCACCACAUACCCAAACAUUGAAUAUUAGAUUACCGCGGUUAUGAUUGUUGUUCGCUACACUUACGUGUUGUAAUCUACUUCUUAUUCUGAUAGUACUAGUUUUAAUUUAUUAACCUUCGAGAAAGUACCAAAACACAACCAAUCUACUACUUAAUCAAACAUGACUAUUGGGACUAUGGAAGAACGUAAUCAGGACGCCACAAUUUAUGUUGGUGGUCUCGAUGAAAAAGUCAAUGAAUCAAUUCUUUGGGAACUUUUUCUUCAGGCAGGUCCGGUGGUCAAUGUUCAUAUGCCCAAGGAUAGAAUAAAUAUGCAGCAUCAAGGCUAUGGAUUCGUAGAAUUCAUGACAGAAGAAGACGCUGACUAUGCUAUGCGUAUUAUGAAUAUGAUCAAAUUGUAUGGAAAACCUAUUCGUGUGAACAAAGCAUCAGCAAAUCAAAAAAAUCUCGAUAUUGGUGCUAAUAUUUUCAUUGGUAAUUUAGAUCCUGAAGUAGAUGAAAAACUAUUAUACGAUACUUUCAGUGCAUUUGGUGUUAUCCUUCAAACACCUAAGAUUAUGCGUGACCCGGAGACAGGAAAUUCUAAAGGCUAUGCAUUUAUCAAUUUUGCAAGUUUUGAAGCUAGUGAUGCAGCAAUUGAAGCAAUGAAUGGACAGUAUUUGUGUAAUCGUGCCAUCACAAUAUCCUAUGCAUUCAAGAAAGAUAGUAAAGGUGAACGUCAUGGUUCAGCUGCAGAACGUUUGUUAGCUGCUCAAAGUCCACUUUCACAAGCUGAACGUCCACAUCAGUUGUUUGCAGAUGCUCCACCGCCUCCUCCGCCACCACCUCCACCCACUUUACUUGCAGGCAAUAUGGGUCAUUCAAUCCCAUCAAUGACACCGAUGGGAAUACCUGCUAUGCCAUCAUCAUUAAUUAUGCCGCCACCGCCUCCUCCACCUAUUCAUCAGAAUACUUUAAUGGGUUACGGUCAGUCUGUUAUGCCUGGAUCAAUGCCACCACCACCUCCUCCACCUCCACCAAUCUUGCCAGUGCCUGUCGCUCCAUCUGGUGCUUCAACAGCUUUCCCACCUCCUCCGCCACCGCCUUCACCGUCAGCUAGCUUCCCUGCACCACCGCCGCCACCACCACCUCCCACGUUCCAAGGAUUUCCAAACCCUGAGCAAACAUGGCAGUCUACAGGAACGGCUAACGGCCCACCACCGCCUACUGGUGUACCUCCCGUUGCAUAAAAAAAACUAAUGUCGAACAUAUUUUGUUAUUUUAAGGUUUAAUUAAAUGUAAAUUUUCUAAAACAACAAAAACAAAGCAGUAUUUAUCCUGUAAUAAUGAGAACUUUUUAAGAAUUUUUUUCAAGUGUUGAUUUGAAUGGAUUUCAUUGGUGG